AGGAGGAGGAGGAGGAGGAGGCGGAGGAAGGCGCGCAGCAGCGACAGCCACGCAGCUUUGACGUCGGCGGGCUGCGGCUGCCGGCCCCGCACGUAUCAGCACAACGUGACGGCCCCGCCGCGCUCCGCUCGCAGCGCCCGCACCCUGCGCGCACACCCCGCGGGGGAGCCCCGCGCAGCCCCCGCGCAGCCCCCGCCAUGGGCGCGGCGCCGCAGCCGCGCUGAGAGCGAGCCGAGCGAGGAGGGGCCGCCCCCGCCGCGCCGCAGCCCCGCCGACCCUCCCCGCGCAGCCCCCGCCGGCCCCGAGCCCCGCGCACCAUGCGGGGGCCGCGGCGCUGCGGGGGCCUCUGAUGGCCGCGGGGCUCCGGCGGCUGCUGCGGCGGCCCCGCGCGGCGCUCGGCGGGCCCGGGAGGCGGCGGCGGCGGCGGCCGCAGCCCUGAGGGUGCGGGGGCUGCCGCGGGCGCGGGCCGGUGCUGCCCCGAGCGGGGCUCGCUCUGCGCUGCGGGAGGAGGAGGAGGAGGAGGAGGAGGAGGCGGAGGCGGAGGAGGAAGGCGGAGGAGGAGGAGGAGGAGGAGGAGGAGGAGGACCGGCGCGGUGCCCGCCGCCUGCCCCCGCCGCCCUGCCUGCGCGGGCGUGCGCGGCUCGGCCGCAGCGGAGCGCGGGGCUCCGGCGGGCGCUGCGCGGCCCCCCCCCGCCCCGCCGGGCUGGAUAUGUGGAUGCUCACGUGAAGAUGGAUGUGGCCAUCGGGCUGCUGGGGCUGCUGACGGUUCUGCUGGAGGGCAGCUCCGGCCAAGGGGUGUACGCCCCCCCCACGGUGAGGAUCGUGCACUCGGGGCUGGCCUGUAACAUCGAGGAGGAGCGAUACUCCGAGAGGGUCUACACCAUCCGCGAGGGAGAGACCCUGGAGCUCACCUGCCUGGUCACCGGCCACCCCCGGCCACAGAUCAGGUGGACGAAAACAGCGGGAAGUGCCUCGGACAGAUUCCAGGACUCGAGCGUGUUCAACGAGACCCUUCGGAUCUCCAACAUCCAGAGGCACCAGGGAGGACGUUACUACUGCAAGGCCGAGAACGGCCUCGGCUCUCCCGCCAUCAAAUCCAUCCGGGUGGACGUCUACUAUUUGGAUGAUCCCAUAGUGACAGUCCACCAGAGCAUUGGGGAGGCCAAGGAGCAGUUUUACUAUGAGAAAACCGUGUUCCUCAGGUGCGUGGCCAACUCCAACCCGCCGGUGCGGUACAGCUGGCGCCGCGGGCAGGAGGUGCUGCUGCAGGGCUCCGACAAGGGAGUGGAGAUCUACGAGCCCUUCUUUACCCAGGGAGAAACCAAGAUCCUGAAGCUGAAGAACCUUCGCCCUCAGGACUACGCCAACUACAGCUGCAUCGCGUCCGUCCGGAAUGUCUGCAGCAUCCCGGACAAGAUGGUCUCCUUCCGCCUCUCCAACAAGACAGCCCCGCCCUCCAUCAAGCUCCUGGUGGACGACCCCAUCGUGGUGAACCCUGGCGAGGCCAUCACCCUGGUGUGCGUGACCACGGGGGGGGAGCCGGGGCCCAGCCUCACCUGGGUCAGGAGCUCGGGGGCGCUGCCCGACAAGACGGUGCUCAACGGGGGCACCCUGACCAUCCCCGCCAUCGGCGCCGACGACGCCGGCACCUACAGCUGCAUCGCCAACAACAACGUCGGCAACCCCGCCAAGAAGUCCACCAACAUCAUCGUCAGAGCCUUAAAAAAGGGACGCUUUUGGAUCACCCCCGACCCCCUAACAAGGAAUGGACAAACAAUCCAGAUAGGGCGGGAGGUGAAGAUCUCGUGCCAGGUGGAGGCCAUCCCCGCCUCCGAGGAGCUGACCUUCAGCUGGUUCAAGAACGGGCGGCCCCUGCGGAGCUCGGAGAGGAUGGUGAUCACCCAGACCGACCCCGACGUGUCCCCCGGCACCACCAACCUGGACAUCAUCGACCUCAUCACCGACUUCGGCACCUACACGUGCGUGGCCUCGCUCAAGGGAGGGGGAAUCUCCGACAUCAGCAUCGACGUCAACAUCUCCAGCAGCACAGUGCCACCCAACCUGACCGUCCCCCAGGAGAAGUCCCCGCUGGUGACACGGGAGGGGGACACCAUCGAGCUGCAGUGCCAGGUGACAGGCAAGCCCAAGCCCAUCAUCCUGUGGUCCCGGGCCGACAAGGAGGUGGCGAUGCCGGACGGGGCGAUGCAGACUGAGAGCUACGACGGGAUCCUGAGGAUCGUCAACGUGUCCCGGGAGAUGACGGGGACAUACCGGUGCCAGACCAGCCAGUACAACGGGUUCAACGUGAAACCCAGAGAGGCUUUGGUGCAGCUCAUUGUACAGUACCCCCCGGCCGUGGAGCCCACGUUCCUGGAGAUCCGGCAGGGCCAGGGCCGCAGUGUCACCAUGAGCUGCCGGGUGCUGAGGGCUUAUCCCACCCGGGUGCUGACCUACGAGUGGCGCCUGGGCACGAAGCUGCUGCGCACGGGGCAGUUCGACGUGCAGGACUCCACGGAUUACACCGUGGGCAGCCUGGCCAGGGACACCUACGGCCUCUACAACUGCAACAUCAUCAACGAGGCGGGCGCCGGGCGCUGCAGCUUCCUCGUCACAGGCAAAGCCUACGCCCCCGAGUUCUACUACGACACCUACAACCCCCUGUGGCAGAACAGGCCCCGGGUGUAUUCCUACAGCCUGCAGUGGACACAGAUGAACCCCAACGCCGUGGAUCGGAUCCUCGCCUACCGCCUGGGCAUCCGCCAGGCUGGCCAACAGCGUUGGUGGGAGCAGGAAAUCACCGUGAACGGGAACAUCCAGAAGGGAGAACUGAUCACCUACAACCUCACCGAGCUCAUCAAGCCCGAGGCCUACGAAGUCAGGCUGACCCCCAUCACCAGAUUUGGGGAGGGGGACUCCACGAUUCGGGUCAUCAAAUACAGUGCUCCAGUGAAUCCUCACCUACGAGAGUUCCACUGUGGCUUCGAGGAUGGGAAUAUUUGCCUUUUCACCCAAGAUGACACGGAUAACUUUGACUGGACUAAACAAAGCACUGCCACGAGGGACACCAAGUACACCCCGAACACGGGGCCCAACGCAGACAGGACGGGCUCCAAGGAAGGUUUCUACAUGUACAUCGAGACGUCCCGGCCCAGGCUGGAGGGGGAGAAGGCCAGGCUGGUCAGUCCCGUGUUCAGCGUCGCUCCCAAAAAUCCCUACGGAGCCACCAACACGGCCUAUUGCUUCAGCUUCUACUAUCACAUGUAUGGACAGCACAUAGGAAGCCUGAACGUUUACCUGAGGCUGAAAGGUCAGACUGCAAUAGAGAACCCCCUGUGGUCUUCGAGUGGGAAUAAGGGCCAGCACUGGAACCAAGCCCGUGUGAACAUCAACCCCCCCACCUCAUUCCAGCUCAUCUUUGAAGGGAUCCGUGGCCCUGGCAUCGAAGGGGACAUUGCCAUCGACGACGUGUCCAUUGUGGAAGGGGAGUGCAUGAAGUCAGACCAACCGGCCAACAAUUUACGAUCAGGUGCUGUUGGGACAUUCUCACAUAUACGACUCCUCCCACUUCUCCUCCUCAUGUCUGUCUUAAGUCAUCAGAGGUGACCUUAUCCUGGCAGAGGCUACAAAAGAUUCACCAGGCACUGGCAUGAAGAAGAAAAGAGUCUUUGUAAAAUGGACAUUUUAAAAACAAACUACCAAAGAUUCCUCCACUGAACUGACUCGAGAAAGUUAACUAAGUACGUAAAUAAAUAAUUAAAAAAUGAACAGAACAAAACAAACAAACAAAAAAAGGUAAUUAAGAAAGCACUGGGGACAUAAAAGGCAUCACGAGCCACGUGUGAGGACGGGAUCUGGCCUAAGGAAGGAAGAGACCUUCAGGUGCUUUUGUGGUCAAUGAUGAAUUCAGCAUCAUCUGGUUGAACUCUCGGCGAAGAGCUAUAGAAACCCUUGUCAAAGCACAAAAAGUCAUGGCUGGUUUUGUUUCAAAUGAAUAGUUUGCUUGUUACCAUGGAAACCUAAUGGCCUGCCAAAAAAAAAAACAAAAACAAAAACAAAAAAAAGGAGAGAGGAAAUAAAGAACAAGAAAAAAGAGAGAGAGAAACACCUCACUGUAAACAGGGUAUGUGAAGAGCUGGCAUUCAUUUCCCCCUGCAGAAGGUUUUUUAGUGUGGAGUUAAACAAAUGUAGGCCCUUCCUACUUUGGCUGUCGCCUCCCUUAGGGAAUCACCCGGGAUCAGAGCCGGUUUCAGACGUUCCUGUUUUCAUUUCUCAUGGCUCUGCUUGAGAACUGUGUGUGCUGUCUCCUCUUUGCAUGCAUUUCCCAGCCAGGACGUGCCACCCUGGGCUUUACACGUUAUUACACGGGAUUUUUCCGGGAUUUUCGGAGUUUGCUUGCGGCCACUUCGCCCCCUCCCCUCUCCCUCCUCCCCUCCUCCCCCGACCCGAGUCAUCCGUUCCAACGAAGGGAAGAAACCAAACCACCGUCUUUUAUAAAUUGCCAUGGAAACCAAGUGCCUUCAAUGAAACAAGCCUGAGUUAAAACAUAAAAAAAAAAACAAACAAAACAAACAAACAAAAACUAAAACAAACAAAA